AUGCGCUUGACCUCCCAGCCCAACGCUUGGCACGCGCGGCUGCAUGGCAGCUUGCGAGAGGGCGUCUACUUUGCGGAGGUGCUGCUGGGAUCUCCCAGGCCGCAGCGUGCGUCUCUGAUAGUUGAUACCGCAAGCUGGGUGACUGAAUUGACUUGCACGGGGUGUUCUGCCUGCGGGAAACAUCUGCAUCCUCAUUUCAACUUAUCUGGGAGCGCGACCGGGUAUUGGCUUCGCUGCGGAUCCAAGUGUCCAGGCAAAUGUCAGAAGGAUCAAUGCAGCUUCGAAGAGAAGUAUCUGGAAGGCUCUUCACUUCAAGGGAGAUGGUUUCGCGACAGCCUGCGUUUUGUGUCUGCAAACGGAAGCACUGAGGCGUUAACGGCAUCAGUGGGCUGUGCUCUCAAGGAGUCGGGACUUUUCCAUGCACAGCAGCAGAACGGCAUACUUGGGCUGGCGCCUGGUUCCGCAACAAAGCCGACGAUGAUCUGGCAAGCCUUCAAGAAGGCACGAGGCGCCAAAUCAAGAAACCGGGUCUUUUCCCUGAGCUUGGGAGGCGAAGGCGGAGAGCUGGUCAUCGGAGCAGACACCGCCCACGUCGGCCAGUGGGUGCCCUUGCAGAUCAGCGGAUCAAGUGGCAAGUAUGGAGUCAAGGUUGAGGCUUUGAUGUUCAACGGACACUCCAUCCCCUGUAGGGGUCGAGCGCAGCUCGACUCGGCUUCCACCUUCACCUAUUUGCCCAAGGAGGCUGAGACGCAGCUGCGGAGAGCCUUGGCGGACUUCUGCAAAGGCCAGCAAUGUGUCCCCGCAGAUCCACCGGCUGCAACGGGUGAUGAGGCAACCAGGCACUGCUGGAACGUGCAAGGUGGCACUGCGAAUAUCAGUACGAAGCGUUUUCCGGUGUUGUCCUGGAGACUUCAAGGCCUCGAGGUCCCAUGGCCACCCAGCCGAUACCUUGUGCGCUACAGCGGCAAGCGGGUGAGGCUUUGCUAUACUUUUCGUGCAACCAACGCCCUUCCCGACGGCUCACAGAUCGUGUUGGGCGCAUCCUGGAUGGUGGGGCAGGAACUGCUCUUCGACAUCGACAAGAGUCGGCUGGGGCUGACCAAAACAGCUAAUGGGUCGGAGCCCUCACUCCGCCAUCGCGACUCGCCUCAACGACGCCGAGUCGUUCCAAGAGAUGCACCGUCUUCCCGCGCUGUGGAGCAACCGGCGCCCAUCACCACCACACGCACCGAUCUCACUACAGCUCCGUCUGCUUCCCCUGCGGCAGAGGCAGAGACCAGUUCCUCAGGUGUCAGUCUGCCACUUCCCGAUCCCGUGCUGGGGUUCGAACUCGAGACUCAGAUCGUGGAAGGAGUCGCAGGACUGCUGCUUCUAGGGGCAUUCGUCCUUCGUGCACGCCGGAAGCUGUGGCGACUUCUCUUCAACUGUCUGCGAGGUGCGCGCAUUUGA